UAGGUUCCCGUUCAAUGAUCUUGUCCGAUGGUUGGAGGUGAACAGAACCGUGAAGAUGAUGUCAGUCCUACCAAGGUAAACGGCCCGACCAAAGAUGCUCAAGAAGUUCCCCAUACUACCGACUGCACAAACUCUACGUCUGAACCCAACGUUAAACGGGCUCGUCUAGGCUUCGAUAAUACCAAUCAGCCUCAUGUUACUACCAACGGCUUCGUCGACAAAGCGUCAGAUAAAACGUCUAAUGUGGGGUGGCCAUUUCGUCCAGACUUGAUGCAACUAUUCAAGAACUCGUUCGAUUGCCGUUUCAAAGAUUCCCUACAGCAUAACCUCUCAUCCUAUGUGACCCGAUUAAACACGGCUGAAGAGAGCCUGACUGCACUGAAAGCGGAAUUCAAUGAGAUCGCGGAACGUAUGGACUGCAUUGAAAAGGCGUCAAAGGAUUUGAAACAGAUCAUCAUUGAACGGGUAACCCUCCCCAAACCGACGGCUGGAGUCGGUCAACGACGCACAUUGUCUUCUCAGGCACCACGGCUCCCUCCAUCCACGCCGGUGACAUCAGCAGCUGAAAAGAUUGUGAAUUCUAAUCUAACCAGUCAGCAGCCUGCUGUUGUUUGUCGGAACAGCGUUCUUCCUCCUGCAGCCGUCGCCUCUCCAUCCGUGUUUACCAGUUUUCAGUCACCUGUGCAUACGGGCCCCGUUCCCAAUACUGUGGCCCCCAACAUCAGGCCACCCUUACCACUGAUUACGACGAGGCCCGCCACCCCUGUCCAUCAGAAUCCAUUUGCAAGAAUGCCUCUGAAUGUUCGUCCAAUGGACACGAUUGAUCUGACUUCUGAAGGCAGUCCUACUGUAGAGGAUACAACUCCACAACCUAAGAAGACCAACGACAGCAUACCCACUCUUCCACACACAGUCGGGACAAAUCCAGCUCCUCAUGCUGCGUUUGCCAAUCCCCCUCUUACUCCGCAUCCUUUUGCCAAUCACAAUCCGAUCACUCCGACCCCGGUUGCACCAGCUAACAAUCCUCGAGGCGCUUGGCCUAAUGUACCACACAUGACGCCCAGUGUGGGCAAAAACCCACGCUUUUCGUCCUUCUCACCCCGACAGAUGUCAUUCAGAGAGCUGCAGCGGCUUCCUGUCGCUCCAUUACCGCCAGUCCCUCUCCAAACAGUCCUUCCCACUCCUGUUCAGCCAAUGCCGCAGUUGACAAUAGCUGAAGCUGCGGAAGGUAUAUGCUUGCAAUGGAACGUUGCACAUCGUUCGAUGGUAUUCGAACUGGCAACGGCCUACGAGAUUUAUAGCUACGCGUCUUCGGAAGUGACUUUGGAAACCCUCUGUACCUGUCUACCCUGGAAAAAGGUAGGUGAUGUCGCUGCUCUUCCCCUGCCGAUGGCAUGCACCUUGACGCAUGUACAACCGAACAACUUGUAUUACUUCAUUGUCCGGUCCGUUGACCGAUUCCGUCGCUACAGUGCCUGGUCCAAUGUCGUUAACGCUUACGUUGGCUGACGGAUGCUAACCUCUGCGGUUAUGGUGCCAUGUUUAGUUGUUUUUCACUGAUACGCAUUUACCAUGUACAGUUGCUGGAGGAAGUCACGUGUCUAUCAUUCAUCCGAUUGUAUAUCAGGGACAGAUGAAUCUUGCUAACUAUCUACAGCAACAUAUCUUCCGUUGUGAGAUGCGUAGAUUUUUCCACUUAACGAGAUAACGCUUGAUUUUUCUUAUUUGUAUGCUGUUGUACAUGCUUGCUGACAUUUUUGUGCUCGCCACCGAUCACUGAGAGUGUGAAAUCUGUCUUUGGUCUCCCUCGUAGGCCUUUGACUGGCCUGUACAGGCCGUACGGAGCAAUUCCACCUUUAUCGUGUAAACAAAAAUCUACUUCACUCGGG